CGACAAACAAAGAAAAAUAAAAUCGCAGUCCGUUUUAAGGUCGCGUGUUUUUUUUCUUCUCUUCAACUUUUUCUACCCUCACCAAAAAUGUCAUCUUUAAAUAUGGAGGACACAAUAGACGAUCCUUCUGAUUUCCAAAGUAGAUCCUUUCAAGAACUGGACGAACAUUUUCGUUGUCAUAUUUGUAAAGAGUUUUUUGAUACCACCAUGAUUCUCACCACUUGCUCUCACUCAUUCUGUGCCCUUUGCAUUCGCCGUAGUUUAAACACGGAACAAAACUGUCCCCGAUGUCGCACCAUCGCCCAUGAGCAAAACCUCAUUCAUAAUUAUGACUUGGAUAACGCCGUGACUACAUGGAAGGCUUCCCGCCUCUUCUUAUUAAAUGCAGACAAAAGUAUUCAUACAGUAACCACCUGCGCACCUCCACAUCCCAAUAUCGUUCAGCCAAAUACCGUUCAACCGACGAAUGUCCAAAUAAUCGAUAACGAGAACAACUAUGACGACGGCGACCUUUCUAACGAUUUUAAACCACUCCCCACCUUAAAACGUCCCACCUCCUCGCGUAUACCUACAACAAGACGAUCCACUCGCCUCAGCUCACAAACUAAAACAGAUACAUUAUCGCCCCAUUUUGUAGAAACUCCCAUUGAACAUGACAUUGAAUUGAUCGACCUGGAUUCUCAAGAAUCCUCCUCCUCCAGUAGCAACAAAAAAGAAGAAGUGUUGACGGACCUGUCGAUUGUGGAAUGUCCCAUUUGCUGUCAAAAAAUGAAAUACCGUGUUUUAAAUAUUCAUAUGGAUCGUUGUGCAAAUGGAGAUAGUCGUAUUCCCCCAUCCUCACCGAUACACAGCAGUAUCAGUAGCAUGAACAUAACACACACAAUGGAAGCGCCCAAGAUGCAAAUCCCCGCAGCACUCAAAUUACAAAAACCAGUUAAUUUGGGUAAAAAGCCAAACAAAUUGGUCUAUGCCAUGCUUUCAGACAAGGAAUUAAGGACAAUUUUAAAAGACUUAAAUUUACCUGAUUACGGGGAUAAGGCACAGAAGGUCUGGCGACACAAAGAAUAUAUCACCUUGUAUAAUGCCAAUUAUGAUUCAGAUAGACCUGUCAGCGCUCCCAUGUUGGUUCAAAGACUUAUAGCCAUAGAAAACGCACAGGCUUGCGAUAAAAAUAAAAGGAAAGCUACAGAUCCUAACGAACAUAGAGAAAAGUACAAGUCCGAGUUUGAUUUGUUGAUUGAGUCAGCAAAAAUACGUAAACUUUCAACAAAGGGCAAAGAACCAAAUAAACAUGACCAGUAAAUUUAAUAAUCCCUAACUACUAUUCCCCCCCCCCCCCUCCC